AUGGCGGCCAUGUUGGGGGGGGGCGGGGCGAAGGAGGAGGAGGCCCUGCUGUCGGAGAUGGACGUGACGGGCCAGGCCUUCGAGGACAUGCAGGAGCAGAACCUGCGGCUGCUGCAGCAGCUGCGGGAGAAGGACGACGCCAACUUCAAGCUGAUGUCGGAGCGGAUCAAGGCCAACCAGAUCCACAAGCUCCUGCGGGAGGAGAAGGACGAGUUGGCUGAGCAGGUCCUCGCCCUCAAGGCCCAGGUGGAUGCCCAGUUGCUGGUGGUGCAGAAGCUGGAGGAGAAGGAGCGGGGCCUCCAGAGCAGCCUGGGGGCGGUGGAGAAGGAGCUGGCCCUGCGCACCCAGGCCCUGGAGCUCAACAAGAGGAAGGUGGGUGGGAGGGGACCCAGAGCUGGUGGAGAAGGAACCAAAGGGUGGGCCAAGGGGACUUGGGUGGAUCGUGGCAUCUGGGUGGAUGCCCAGUUGCUGGUGGUGCAGAAGCUGGAGGAGAAGGAGCGGGGCCUCCAGAGCAGCCUGGGGGCGGUGGAGAAGGAGCUGGCCCUGCGCACCCAGGCCCUGGAGCUCAACAAGAGGAAGGCCCGCCUGACCUGCCCUUGCUGCAACGCCCGCAAGAAGGACGCCGUCCUCACCAAGUGCUUCCACGUCUUCUGCUUUGAGUGCGUCAAGAGCCGCUACGACACCCGCCAGCGCAAGUGCCCCAAGUGCAACGCGGCCUUCGGGGCCCAUGACUUCCACCGCGUCUACAUCAGCUGAGCCCCACGGCCGCCCCACGGCACCCACCGGUGGCCCAUGGUCAACCACAGGUCUUGGAGGUGGGUCUCCAUCACCUUGGAGGACCAUGGUUUGCUUAGUGUUUCUGUUCGUUGAACCCCGUUGCAAUCCUCAGCCAGCCAUGGGUGCCCUACAAGACCUAUGGGUGCCACAUAAUGACCCACAGCACCCAGGGGUGCCCUGUGGUCAACCACAGGUGCUCCUCAGCCAACUGUGGGUCUUGGAGGUGGGUCUACACCACCUUGGAGGACCAUGGUUGGCUUUGUGUUUGUGUUUGUUGAACCCUAUUGUGAUCCUUGGCCACCCAUGGGUGCCCUACAAGACCUGGGGAUGCCCCAUAGCACCCCACGUCACCCACAGGUGGCCCAUGGUCAACCACAGGUCUUGGAGGUGGGUCUACACCACCUUGGAGGACCAUGGUUUGCUUAAGUGUUUGUGUUCGUUGAACCCCGUUGUGAUCCUUGGCCACCCAUGGGUGCCCUACAAGACCUAUGGGUGCCACAUGAUGACCCACAGCACCCAGGGGUGCCCUGUGGUCAACCACAGGUGCUCCCCAGCCAACUGUGGGUCUUGGAGGUGGGUCUACACCACCUUGGAGGACCAUGGUUUGCUUAGUGUUUCUGUUCGUUGAACCCCGUUGUGAUCCUCAGCCACCCAUGGGUGCCCCACAAGACCUGGGGAUGCCCCAUAGCACCCCACAUCACCCACAGGUGGCCCAUGGUCAACCACAGGUCUUGGAGGUGGGUCUACACCACCUUAGAGGACCGUGGUUUGCUUUGUGUUUGUGUUCAUUGAACCCCGUUGUGAUCCUUGGCCA